GUGUUUGCGUUGUGGUAAUCACGAUUAUGUGAAACAGGUGAAAAUCGAUUCACCGUUGCGGCUUCGGAACGUUUAAUCUCACCUGUCUGUGGCAUGUAAACUCCUCAAACGGCUGGUUAGCUUGACUGGAUAGGAAACGGCUCGUUUGCGCCGCCGAGCCGCUAACGUUACACCAGAGGUAAGCCUUAUUAGUGAUUAGUGACAAUCUCAGAUCCUCUCUCCGCCUUGUUGCUUCUCCCAACUUUUCCAAAUUUCACUCUUAAAUGACAGCUUGUCACAGCUAACUCAGUGAAAGCUACUUGAGCGGCGUGCACUUAAAUGGUUGGCGUUGUCUGAAAUGAGAAUUUGAUCGUCAAAGUGUCUCGACUAUCCUGUUUGUUUUGGCUCCACUCACCUCCCUCCCGGACUUGCCUAGCAAAGUGAGAUAUGGCUGAAAUAAUUUCCGUCGACGCCGGUUUUCCCUCGCCGUCCACUAUGAACGUCACCUACCCGGUUCCGGAGGACGCCAGCCCCGCUGCUGCCGCCGCUCUUCCAGCCUCUCUGAACGACGACUACCUGUUUGUGGAGACCAGGCACCCCAACACUGUCCUGCAGGGCCUCAACAGCCUGCGGCUCAACAAUGCCUUCUGUGAUGUGACUCUGUGCUGUGGAGGACAGGAGUUCCCCUGCCAUCGCAUUGUGCUUGCCUCCUUCAGCUCUUACUUCCAGGCGAUGUUUUCCACUGACCUGAUAGAGUCCAAACAGGAGAGAGUUGCCAUCAACGGAGUUGAACCUCAGAUGAUUGGCAUGCUGGUGAGCUACGCCUACACAUCAGAGGUCUACAUCUCUAAAGCAAAUGUGCAGGCCCUGCUGGCAGCAGCCAAUCUGCUGGACGUGAUGGCAGUGCGAGAAGCCUGUUGUCGUUUUAUGGAGCGUCAGAUGGAUGAGAUGAACUGUGUGGGGAUUCACUGCUUUGCCGAGGCCCAUUCUUGUAGCAGGCUGGAGAGCAGCAGCAUGGACUACAUCCUUCAGCACUUCAGCAGUGUUUAUCAGCAGGAGGAGUUCCUGUCUCUGUGUGUGGACAAACUGACCGAAAUCCUUGCCAGUGACUUUCUUAAUGUGCCUAAAGAGGAGAUGGUGUUUGAGGCGGCCAUGUUGUGGCUGAAUAAAUGUUCCUCUCGCAAACAGAGCUUUGAAAAGGUCCUUGAGCAUAUCCGGCUGCCUCUUAUCAGCCCCUACUACCUCCAUGAUGUGAUCGAGUCUCUGGAUGUGGUGAAGGAGAACCAGGGCUGCCAGAGGCUCAUCUCUGAGGCCAAGGACUACCUGCUGCUAAAGGACCGCCGUGGAGAGCUCUACUGCCCCAGAGCGAGGCCACGCAGGUCCACAGGAACAGCUGAAGUGAUAGUGACAGUUGGCGGGGAGGAUGACAAGGUGGUGCUGCGCAGCGUUGAGAGCUUCAAUCCCAUGACGAAUCAGUGGAAGAACCUGGCCUGCCUGCCCUUCGCUGUGAGCAAACACGGGCUGGUCGUGUCGGACUCCACUCUGUAUUUGGCAGGAGGAGAGUUUCCUGAUGGUUCAGCCAGCAGGGAGAUGUGGCGAUACGACCCCUGCUUCGACUCCUGGAUCGAGAUGGCUCCCAUGAAUGUGGCUCGCUCUGAGUUAGGCCUGGUGAUGCUGGAUGGCUUUGUGUAUGCAGUGGGAGGGUGGGAGGGACGCUCACGUCUGGACUCAGUGGAGUGCUACAACCCUCACACCAACUCCUGGCAGUUCACCGAAUCUGUCAAGAUGGCCGUCACAAGUCCUGCUGUAGUGGCCCUGGACGGACUGCUCUAUGUUACUGGUGGAGCAAUUCUAGAGGAUGGCGAUGGCACAGACCUCGCUCAGGUGUACAACCCUAAAACCUCUGCAUGGACAGAGGUUGCUCCCAUGCAAAUCGCUCGCUCUGGUUCAGCAGCUUGUACACUCAAAGGAAAGCUUUACGUCAUAGGUGGAUGGCAUGCCUCGAUAGAGAAUACAGAUAAGGUGGAGUGUUUCAAUCCCAAGACUAACCAGUGGACCAUGUGCGCCCCCAUGAAAGAACGACGCUACCGGCCCGGUGCUGCUGUGGUGGAUGGAAAGAUCUACGUCCUGGGAGGAGAAGAAGGCUGGGACAGGUAAGGGGCUAAUCUGGGC